CAAAAAAUGACUGUUAUUGCUGGUGGUCAUGGUGAACCAAAUCCCAAUGCCUCAUGGCUGGGGGCACGAGGCAUGUGGUUGGCCUAUAUAUUAGGGGUUCUAUCGGCUCAUUUAAUUCUACUUUCUAUACCGUUUAUAUCCAUACCAUUGGCAUGGACCAUAACCAAUUUAUUGCACAAUGCGGCCCAUUUAUAUUUCUUGCACAUUAUCAAGGGCGCCCCAUGGUUCUCCAUUGAAAAUGAUUCACGCGGCCGUUUAACCCAUUGGGAACAAAUCGAUGAUGGUGAACAGUUUACCACAACCCGGAAAUUCCUAACAGCUAUGCCAAUUUUAUUAUUCCUUUUAACCUGUUUGUAUACCCGCAAUGAUACCGAUCAUUUUAUUGCCAAUUUUAUUUCAUUGGUCAUUGUGACAUUGCCCAAACUACCACAAUUCCAUGGUGUGCGUUUAUUCAAUAUUAAUAAAUAUUAA